CAGCAUCUGGAUUUGACUGUUGCCCAUCCCCUACAAUUUCCUCUGCUGGGUUCGCUUCAUUAACAUCUGGAUUUGACUGUUGCCCGUCCCCUACAAUUGCCUUUUGCUGGGUUCGCUUCAUCAAGAUGCCUUUUCAUCUCAUUAAAUUCCUAAUAAACGGGGACAUUGCUGUUGUCCCAAAUGAAUGGUACGAUGACGGGAUGGCGUACUGGCCCAGCUAUAAAAGCACUGAAAGGGUGAAAAGGGCAGCUCUUAAUGAGGAGAAACCAGAGCCAAACUGGCUAAGAUAGGACGUCAAUGUUGUCCGAACUUGUGACAACUACAAAGAUGCCAUGAGAAUCUUGAAGCAGUAUCAGAAUGGCUGCAACACCUCAGAUCUGCAAUCUGAGGCAGAGCUUGAGCAUGAGGUUGAGCUGCCAGAUAAAAGGAACAGGAAGCCAGUCCAUCGUUUCGGAGACUCUGACCAGAGCGAAGAAGAAGUGGAAAAUGGUGAAGUAGUGUCUCAGUUCGAAGCACUACCAGUUCGAAGCCCAAGCCAAUUGCAGACUCCACCAUCUCGCCGAGUGCCAGGCAGAUUCACUGCUCCUCAACCUGGAGAAAACUGUCUAGCAUCUCAGCAUAGGGCAGGACUGCAUCACCCUAUAUCCUCUCAACUCCCUGCACCCGCAUUUAACAUGCAGAGAGUUACUCAAGGAACUGCAGUCCCUCCUCAACUCCCUCCACCCCCGGCACCAGCCCUCAACAUGGAGCCUUCUUCAAGCCUGGCCUACAGACCAACAUGGCGAGGGGGAAGGAUGGCCGAUACCAUUCCCUGCUCUGCGGCCGAGUUCCAAAUCCUCAGCUUGCUGGAAACCAUCAAACAGCAAAACGACCAGCUUGUGGCUAAGGUGAACCUGCUCACCAGUAGGAUGAACAGCACCCCGGGGCCAGAUGCGGAGAUGCCAGACAGCAUUCAGUUUCCCCUGGAACAAUUGGAGGCAGUGGAGGCAUUUGAAAUGUUUUUAAAGGAACCGUCAAAUGGCCCAGCUCGACAGAGAGUGAUUUCAUCUUUGGCCACCAUUGGAGGCCAGGAUGUGAAGAGGGUGACCUGGAACAUCCUGGGCAGGCUGUUCACUGAUGAGGUCUCCCAUCAGAUCAAUUGGAAGGGUGUCAACAACAAAAAGCCUUUUAGUAGGAUGGCAACAAAGACCUUGCUUUUCAGUGCUGUGAGGAAAAACGUGGUGACGCGGUCAGCCACGGACGCGGAGGUCACCAAACACGCCAUCAGGUGGUUCAACCUGGCGGCGGAUCGGGCGGCGAGGAGACGUGUCCCUCCUCCAUCCACUCCUCCACCCAUUAAUAAUUAAACAAUCUUUUGAUUGAACUUCUUGUCGUUCACCAGUUAUUCAUUUUCUGAUAUUUUAGCUGCAGCGCAGCAUUUCAUGUUGUAGCCUAAUAGAUAACAUAUUUUAUGUCUGCACCGACCUAUGCCUAUAAAGAACUAAAUUAGGUCCACAAAAUGAAUUUAAAGUAGCCUAGCCAACGUAGACUACUUAACAAAAACAGAAUAGGCUAUAACCUAUAAUUUUCUAUUAAUGUAAAUGUCAAUUUUCUAUUUUCUAUUUUUCUAUUGAGUAGUGAUUACUUUU